AUGAGAACUCCGGGAAACAGGGCGAUGUCCAUCGGCCUCACCAUCAUGCUGCUUUCUGUGAGCGCGGGCAUCCACUUCGGCGACGGCGGCUUCGCCUUCCUCAUCUGCUUCACGGGGGUUCUCGCCGGCGCCAACCUUGUCGCCGUCGGUGUCCGCAUGGCCGACCAUCUGGUGCCCACCUUCCCGGCGGUAUUCGGCGGUGCACGUGCUCUCGCAGGGUUCGUGCGCCGCAACACCGCCGUCGUUGGUCUCAUCAUGGCUUCCUCCGCCUUCACGGUGGUCUCCGGCGAGGCUGGCCCGGUGCUCUGCUUUGCCAUGUUGGCGUUGCUCCUGCUCGGAGUCUCUCUCAUCAACAUGGGAGCUCGUGGUGAAUAA